AUGGAUGAGGAUCUUCUGGGAGUUCUCAUUGUGCUCGGGAUCCUCGGAGUCGGAGGAGUCGGCGCGGUGAUUUUGCUUGUUUUGUAUGCCGAGCCGGUGCGAAAAUUUUUGCGCUUUCGAAAACACGACGAAGAAGACCCAGAAAAGGGCGAGGAAACUCCACAACAAAGAAAAAAGACGAUAAAGAGGACACACAUCGUUGUGGCACAGGGGAAAAAUGUUUUUGAAAUUGAUGAAGUGAACAAAUCCGUGAGAAAAGUGACGGCACCGGCGAGAAAACUGACUGUUGCCGUUCAUCCAAUGUCCAACACUGGGUCAACGUCUCUCCCGAGUUCACCGAUGAAAAAAGAGGCACCCGUGAACAUUGCCGAUUUAGAGCACGGAAAAGUGGAGAGAACCUGUUCUGCGCCAGCCCAUGAGCCAAUGGAUAACGCGAGUUCGGUUUCGGGUUCGGGAUUGUCGAGUAAAAGAGGGAUCUUGAGACCUCUUGUACAUCAUCAACAAUCCCAACAAACGAACCAUCCACCGAGAAAACAAACCGUUCUCAUCAUCAGUGAAGGGAAUCGUUAUCGGAAAUUCACCUCAAACACGCCCUCGUUGCCGAACUCGCCCGAAACCGAGGUGAACUAUUUGCCCGGCUACCGUCCACCAUCGGAUCGACGAAGUAGCUGUUCU